GCGACCAGCCACGCACGCCGCGCGCUUCGAGUGGAGCAGUGUGGGAACACGAACACAGGUGACCCGUAGUCGGUCCACCGCCGUCUUGUGUCCACGUUGUAUCAUCGAGUUUGGCCGAUGCGUUCAAGUUGCAGUUUGCCGUGCAACAGUUUGCGUUUAACACUUCGAGUGGGUGUGAUAUUUCUCUAUUGGCUUCUGAUGUCUCGUUCUCUGUCUAUACUACCACUUCCUCAUUGUGGUGUAAAUCUGAGUUGAUGUGGUUGGCAGAUGUGUCAAUCAGAAUGUCUUGAAUGUAGACCCUUCUGCACCAAACAGCUCCUCUCUCAGUGCAUCAGUGAAACUCUUAGGGCUCGCCCUCAACUUUUGCUUUGUGUCUGCAAAACCCCCUGUGAACACAAACAUGAAAAAGAUCCCUGUAGGACCAAACUUGCAGCCCUGGUUGCAAAAGAGGCUCCCAUUUCUUACACAUGGCUUCCAGUUGAAAUAGAAGCAGACAGGCAGGACGCCGGACAUAACAGUAAUGGAGUAGCCUCGUCUGAGUGAUUGAGUGAGUGACUGCAUGGACCAGACUGAACAUGAAGAGCCUUAAAGCCAAGUUUAGGAAAACCGAUGUCAACGAGUGGAGCAAAAAUGACGAGCGCCUGCUCGCCGCCGUGGAGCACGGCGAGGCGGAGAAGGUGGCGUCACUUCUCACCAAGAAAGGUGCCAGUGCUGUGAAGCUGGACAGCGAGGGCAAAUCAGCGCUCCAUGUGGCAGCUGCUCGCGGUCAGAGCGACUGUCUCUCCGUCAUCGUGGCCCACGGAGCCGACCUGUCGCUCACUGAUGCUGCAGGUUUCAAUCCGUUACACCUGGCUGCCAAAAACAAUCACACUGAGUGCUGUAAAAAGCUCAUUCAGAGCAAAUGUCCCGUCGACGCUGUGGACGGCUCAGGAAAGACGGCCCUGCAUCACGCCGCUGCCGGUGGGAACAUACAGACCGUCCAACUGCUGUGUGAACUCAAAUGUCCCAUCAACCUGAAAGAUGCAGACGGACUCACCUCCUUGCUGUUGUCGGCCCGAAACGCUCACGCUGAAGUGUGCAGCGCUUUGCUGGACUGCGGUGCUGAGAUCGAUGCUUCCAACAGCAGCGGCAGGAGCGCGCUGAUGCUGGCCGCCGAGUCCAACGCAGUGUCUGUCGUGGAAGUGUUGGUUCACAGAGGGGCGAAUCUGUCUGCGGUGGAUUCACAAGGUCAUGACGUCAUGCACUACGCCAAGCUGGCGGGCAACUCGGAGGUCAGGUCCGCCCUCACAGCCGCCCUCGGCAGGCAGCCGGUUCCAGACCCAAAGUCUCCAAGGAGUCCUCUGCAUGAUCAAGUAGCUAAGCUAAGUGAUGAACGGAUCACAACUCCCAAAAAACGAAAAGCACCUCCGCCUCCUCUUAGCCCGCUGCAGAGCUCGGGACCCUCCUCUCCUUCACUCGUCACCUCCAGCGGGACCAUUGCUUCUGACAAAAGUGACACUCCCAAGAGAUUCAACUACAAGGAGGAUGAGGUGAGAGGGACAACGCUGAGGGAGGAGGUGGAGAAGCUCCAUGAGGAGAGAAACAUGUUGCUGGACACAAUUGAAGACCUGAAGCAGACGGUGACGAGUCCUGAGCCGGAUACAAAGGUCGAGCACCGUUUUACAGCAUCUGCAGCUCUGGUUUCUGCUCUGCAAGCCAAGAUUACUGCUCUCACUCUGGAGAACCAGACACUUGCAAGCAAACUGAUGAAACAUCCGUCCCUCCAAGGAAACGAGGACCUGAAGGAGACCAGCCGUCCGAACAGCAUGGCCUCCAACUCCUCCUUCCACUCCACCCAGGAUGAGUUUGAAUCACCGCCUCGAGUCUCCUCCACCACCGCGGCGGAAAGGGAAGACGACAGUGUUUCUGUCAUACGGGAGGAAGAAGAGGGUGAGAUGGGGAGAGGAGGGAGCAAAGAGGAGCUCCGACUGUUGAGACAGGCGCUGGAGAGCGUUCAGGUAAAACUGCUGGAAACCAGGAAGGAGAAUCGCUCCCUUCAGGCUCAGCUGAAGCCCGAGAGCGGCAGAGAGAGAGAGGAGGAGGACGACGAUGUGAGGGAGAAGGGACGAGAGGACGAGCUGAUGGAGAGUCUGGCAGAGCUGCAGGCGAAGCUGACGGACACCCAGGAGAGAUACCACCAGGCUGUGGAGGAGGUGGAGGAGCUCAGGGCGCACCUGGGAAGAGAAGGAAGUGGUGAUCCGCCGGAGAGAGAGCGCUCAACGUCCACACUCGAACACGACCUAAAACAGUUGAGGGCCAAGCUCGUCCAAUCGGGAUCUGAGCAAGAUAGCGCAGCUCGACGAGUCAGAGAGCUGGAGGAGGCGCUGAGGAGGACGGAGGAGGAAAGACGGAGUGUGAAGGAGAAAGAGCAGAGGAGUGCACAGAUUGAGGAGCUGUACAAGGAGGCACGGGAGGAGAUUAGGAUGCUGCAGGAGGCUCUGAGGGGCACGGUGCCCGUUGAGGCCGCAGCCAAAGACUUUGAAGAAAUGAAGGCCGAGCUGAAUGAGGUCAUCGCCGGGCUGCAGCGCCGCUUGCUGGAGCUCUCACACUCCUACAGCGAAACCAAGAGCAAACUGAGUGCCGCCCAGAAACAGGCAGCGGAGGCCGAGAGCAGUGCACUCACGUCUCCCUCCGUGGACCAGCAGCUGCAGGUGGAGGAGCUCAGCGGUCGGGUGGAGGAGCUGCAGACUCUGCUCGCCGACGCGGAGAAGAAGCAGUCGGCUGCUCAGGAGGAGAUCGCGGCACUGCAGCAGGAGGCGGAGGCUCAGGCGCAGAGCUCCGUGGCCCUCGCCGAUCACGCGCAGGUUAUGUCAUCGCUGGGAAACGCCAUCAAAGAGUUGGAGAGCCAAUCGGAGGCCCUGAAAGAGCAGCUGCACCAGAAGAGCGUGCAGGUGGAGGCACUUCAGAGCAGGAAGUUCGUGAGGAAGAAUAGUGCGACUGCUUGUUCCACACUGACGGCAGAGAAAGAAAUGGCCCCCGACGACUCGGUGUCUCGUCUGGACCACGAGACCGUGCGAGAGAAGCUGGAGGGCGAGGUGAGCCACCUGACGCAGCUCCUCCAGGGGGCUCUCAGGAAGCAGGAUGAGUUGGCUCUGGACGCUGCUGAUGCCUGGCAGAAGGCGCGGGACAAUCGCGCAGAGCGUGAAGCCCUGCAGGAGCUGGUGAUGUCGAGGGAGAAGGAGAACCAGACGCUGUCGUCCAGGCUGGCCGAGUCCCAGGACGCCGUGUGUCAGCUCAAACAGCUGGUGGAGAACCACGUGGCCUCAGAGAGAGAGAAAAACAAGAGGAUAGACGACCUGUCACGGGAGGUGGGGAAGCUGAAAGACGCCCUGAACAGCCUGUCGCAGCUCUCGUACAGCUCUGCUUCCCCCUCCAAGAGACUGCAGCAGAACCAGCAGUUGGAGACGCUGCAGCAGCAAAUCAAACAACUGCAGUACCAGCUGGCUGAGUCAAAGAAGCAGCACAAUGAGAUCGUGUCAGUCUAUAGGAUGCAUCUCCUCUAUGCCGUCCAGGGUCAGAUGGACGAGGAUGUACAGAAAGCUUUGAAGCAGAUUCUGAUGAUGUGCAAGAUGCCGAGCCAAGCCAAGGAGGCCUGCUGAGACGCACAGGGCCGGGUCUCCACGAAGCCAGAUGAGACUCGCCGCUCGUCGGAACUCACAUGUUGCUCGUGCCGAUUAAAGCAAGGCCAACGCAUUGGUGCCUCCGGGUAAACCUUCAGUAUUUGAAAAUGUUUACAGUCAUAUGUUCAUUGCCUUUUGCUUUUUGACCCAUCAAGAUCUUUUUUUAAGUCGCCAAUCUUGCGAUGGAAGAUGUUUUUUGGGGGGAAACUCCACAUCAGCCAACUGACCAUUCAAAUGAGUGUGCACCAGCCAAACGCACAGUAUGUGCACGUGAGCACCACACUGAAGAUGUUCAGUAACCUUACAUCACACGCAGUGGCACAAGUGCGAUUGAUACAAACAUUCGUGUAUGUGCUCAGUCGACAGACGGCGAGUUUGGUUUGUUUCUAUUACGCCUUAAGAGAAAGAAAAGACUCUGCUGUCACUAAGUAUCUAUUUUAUGAUACAACAGUCUUCGUUCUAUUCUACUCGUCUAAAUGUUUCAUGUUCGUCCACAAUUUCCUGAUACCAUCUAAAUUAUUUGCUCCCUGGUAUCGAUGCACGUGAGUUUGCUCAGCGCUGGCCAAGAUCACAUAGAAAUGUAUUAUUUUUGGCCGCACCUCUUUGAAGAAAAAGCAUGAUACUGUUUGUAUGACUAUUUUCCUAUUAGCACAAGAAAAUAUAAAUGUAUUUUACUGUCUUGUGUUUUUCUUUGUCAUGUUUUCGAAGUUACUGUACUUAAAUGAAGAGGUUUGACAGCUGUAUUUUUAUGGCCUUGUUUUGUGUGAACGAGAAGCUUUUUUCAUUCAAUACAAAAAACGCACUGUCAGCUAGUGACAACUAAAUGAAACUAAAAUGUUCCUGUUCAUAUGUGGAGGAGUUGUUUCUUUCUUACUGUAAUCAGGAACAAGAAAAAAAAACACCCAAAAACAUGAUAGUUAGGAGACAUUUUUAGUUCUGACGUUUCCGCUCCUCUCGUCUACUUUAAGUCUUUUGGUGUUUUCCUACUUGAAGAGCAUUCAACAUGUUUUACAUAAAACAUGUCUUGUGUCACGUGCCAGCACUUAAUAAUCACUAUUUUUGCGGCUCUACAUGUUCCUUACAGAGAACAUUUUACUGCCAAUAUCAAUAAUUCUCAAUUAUUACAGAUGCUAAUCUCACCAGGCUUCCUCAUCAAGAUUUCAUUUUUUGGGGUCUUUUUGUUUGUGAUCUGCUUCAGUGUUACCUUGUAGGUACUGAUGUGUUCUGUUCAGUGACCGAGAAUAUGUUUUAGUUUUUUUGCAUGUCUAGUAGACGGUUUUCACAUCACUCCUUUGCCUUAGUGCUGCACUUAGAGCCACACACCUUUAGCCGUCACCGUUGCAAACGUUACACUCUGACACCGUCGACCUGGAGUGAGAUUAAAUGAACUUGACUGAAGCUCCAGCUGUAAUUUCUCUCUCUCUCUCAAGGCCUUGACUGAAAUGUUUCGUACAAAGAAAGGGAAAAAGAAAGAACCUAAACUUAAACGAUUUUUGUAGUGACAUGGAAAAAAAACAUGUUUUUGCCACCUGCUUUUUUGUCCAACAUAAAUAAAUUUCCAAGAUACUGUA